UUAUCAAAAUUGAAAACCAUAUCACAACACAAAUCAGGCAAGUUUUGAUUCACUUAAUGAAAUCAAAUAUACAACACAAAAUACCAAACUAACUAAAUUUCCUCCUAUUCUAUUUUUGCACAUUUUCACUCUCAACUAUAUACACAAUCAUUUUCCAUUCUCCAUCUUUAUUCAUUGAAAAAUGUCUCCUCCAAAUCCAAACAAAAACUCCGACCACAUCAUGAACACUUGUUCUACUCCAUCUUUCACCUUAUUCGAGUCAACACUAAAAGUCAAUGGCCACGUCAUCCUCACCGAUGUCCCCAAAAACAUCACCAGCAAAUCCAAUGGUUCCUUCCUGGGCUUCAAAACCACCGAACCAAAAAGUCGCCACGUGGCACCCAUUGGAAAAUUAAAAAACAUAAACUUCACAAGCAUAUUCCGGUUCAAAGUAUGGUGGACCACUCUUUGGACCGGGUCAAAUGGAAAAGACCUUGAAACCGAAACCCAAUUUCUCAUGCUCCAAAAUUCGGAUUCGGGUCGACCCUAUGUUCUCUUACUCCCAAUAAUAGAAGGCCCAUUCCGUGCUUCAUUACAACCCGGAGAAAACGACAACAUUGAAGUAUGCGUGGAGAGUGGUUCAACUUUAAUAACAGAAUCUCAAUACGACGCUGUCGUUUACCUUCACGCAAGUAACGAUCCAUUUAAACUAGUGAAAGAAGCGAUCAAAACUGUGAGGGCCCACUUAGGAACAUUCAAACUUCUAGAAGAAAAAACGGUUCCGGGAAUAGCGGACAAGUUUGGAUGGUGUACGUGGGACGCAUUUUAUCUUAAGGUACACCCUCAAGGAAUUUGGGAAGGUGUGAAGGGUUUAACCGAUGGUGGUUGUCCACCUGGCUUUGUUUUAAUCGACGAUGGUUGGCAAUCUAUUGCUCAUGAUGAUGAUCCGGUUAAUACUAUUGAAGGGAUUAAUCGGACGGCUGCAGGUGAACAAAUGCCAUGUAGGUUGAUUAAUUUUGAAGAGAAUUAUAAAUUUAAGGAAUAUAAAAAAGGUUUAGAUUUAGGUUUAGGUGGAUUUGUUAAGGACUUGAAAAAUGGAUUUAAGAGUGUUGAGUAUGUGUAUGUGUGGCAUGCUUUGUGUGGUUAUUGGGGUGGGGUUAGACCGGGUGUUGAGGGUUUACCUGAAGCUAUUGUAGAGAAACCUAAAUUGACCGUUGGAUUAGAAACUACUAUGGAAGAUUUAGCUGUUGAUAAGAUUGUUAAUAAUGGUGUUGGAUUGGUUCCUCCACAUUUGGUUGAUCAAAUGUAUGAAGGAAUUCACUCUCGUUUGGAAGAGGCUGGAAUUGAUGGGGUCAAAGUUGAUGUCAUCCAUUUGCUAGAGAUGGUGUGCGAAAAGUAUGGAGGCAGAGUUGAAUUGGCCAAAGCAUAUUACAAAGCUCUCACAACUUCAGUGAGAAAACAUUUCAAUGGCAAUGGUGUGAUUGCUAGCAUGGAGCAUUGCAACGAUUUCAUGAUGCUUGGAACUGAAGCCAUAUCCCUUGGUCGUGUUGGUGAUGAUUUUUGGUGCACUGACCCAUACGGUGAUCCAAAUGGAACAUAUUGGUUACAAGGUUGUCACAUGGUGCAUUGUGCAUACAAUAGUUUAUGGAUGGGAAACUUUAUCCAACCAGAUUGGGAUAUGUUCCAAUCUACACACCCUUGUGCUGCUUUCCAUGCAGCCUCUAGAGCCAUAUCUGGUGGUCCUAUUUACAUUAGUGACACUGUUGGAAAUCACAAUUUUGACCUUCUUAAGUCUCUAGCUUUGCCUGAUGGUACUAUUCUUAGAUGUCAACAUUAUGCACUCCCAACUAAGGAUUGUCUCUUUGUUGACCCUUUACAUGAUGGCAAAACAAUGCUCAAAAUAUGGAACCUAAACAAGUACACUGGAGUUCUUGGUGUGUUUAACUGCCAAGGAGGAGGAUGGUUUCGUGACAUAAGAUCAAACAAAUGUGCUUCUGAGUUUUCUCAUUUGGUAUCAACCAAAAUCAACAUCAAAGACAUUGAAUGGAGCAUUGGAAAAAGUCCAAUUUCAAUUGAAGGUGUAAAACUUUUUGCUUUAUAUUUCAACCAAGCAAAAAAACUCAAACUUUUCUCUCCACAUGACACUGAAGAAAUCUCUUUGGAACCAUUUAAUUUUGAGCUAAUAACUAUUUCACCUGUCACUUUAUUUCCUAAAAAGUCCUUCAAGUUUGCUCCUAUUGGUUUGGUUAAUAUGUUAAACAAUGGAGGGGCAAUUCAGUCAUUUGACUUUGAUGAGGCUCAAAAUUUGGUUGAAGUUGGAGUUAGAGGUAGUGGUGAAAUGAGAGUGUAUGCAUCAAAGAAACCAACAAAUUGUAGAAUUGAUGGCAAUGAAGUUGAUUUUGAAUAUGAAGAGUUUAUGGUUGUAAUUCAAGUACCAUGGCCUAGUUCUUCAAAAUUGUCCUUUGUUCAAUAUAUAUUUUGAGCAUAGGAUGAGAUUGUUGAUCAUUAAAUAUAUGAUUUUCUUUUUAUGUUCUUUUAAUUUCAUGUUUGUAUUGAACAAUACUAAGUUAGAAAAAUGUUUGAUGUUAAGGGACUUUUUUAUCCCUUAUUUGUAUGUUUGAUAACUUACUUUCUAGUAUUAUAACUUAAGGAUUGAACUAUUGUGUAUUUAAGAAAAGCAAGUUUGCUUAUUUAUUUAACCAAUAAAUGUCAUUUUCUUUUUUC